AUGAUUUUCCUCCCUUUAAAUUCCUCUGACUGUUCAAAUUGCACCCAGACUGUGGGGAUAGUGAACAAUUUUAAGGCCAUAUUAUUAGGGGUUAUUUUAGGGGGGCUGAUUAUUUUUGGGGUGCUGGGUAAUAUUCUGGUUAUCCUCUCAGUAGCCUGCCACAGACACCUUCAGAGUGUCACCCAUUACUACAUAAUCAACCUGGCUGUUGCGGACUUCCUCUUAACUUCCACUGUCCUGCCUUUCUCAGCAAUCUUUGAGAUUUUGGGCUACUGGGUCUUUGGGAGGAUCUUCUGCAACAUCUGGGCAGCUGUCGAUGUCCUAUGCUGCACGGCUUCCAUCAUGAGCCUAUGUAUCAUCUCUAUAGACAGAUACAUUGGGGUGAGCUACCCACUGAGAUAUCCAGCUAUAGUGACAGAAAAGAGGGGACUCCUGGCUCUGCUAAGUGUCUGGGCUUUGUCUCUGGUGAUCUCCAUUGGACCUCUCUUUGGCUGGAAGGAGCCAGCUCCAGAAGAUGAGACCAUCUGUCAAAUCACUGAAGAGCCUGGCUACGUAUUGUUCUCUGCUUUUGGCUCCUUCUACCUCCCCUUGACCAUCAUCUUGGUGAUGUACUGUAGAGUGUAUGUGGUGGCCAAAAGGGAAAGCAAAGGCCUGACUUCUGGCUUGAAAACGGAGAAAUCUCAUUCUGAAGAGGUGACCCUCCGGAUCCAUCGCAAAAACACCUCGGUACGGAGCAGAUCUGCAUCCUGCACAAAGAACAAAACGCACUUCUCAGUGCGUCUCCUGAAGUUCUCCAGGGAAAAGAAAGCAGCCAAGACCCUGGGGAUAGUGGUGGGAUGCUUCAUACUGUGCUGGCUUCCUUUCUUUAUAGUCAUGCCUAUUGGCGUUUUCUUUCCUGCACUCAAGCCCUCAGACACAGUUUUUAAAAUAACGUUUUGGCUUGGGUAUUUGAACAGCUGCAUCAACCCGAUCAUCUACCCGUGCUCGAGUCAAGAGUUUAAAAAAGCAUUCCAAAAUGUCCUACGAGCCCAGUGUUUCACAAGAAAGCAAGCAGCCAACAAGCAUUCCCUUAGCUUCAAUCUGAACCAGCCAGCUAGCCCCAGUAUGGACGGUGCCAAGGAUGUUGUCCGUAUCCCUGUAGGAUCGGGGGAAACCUUCUAUAGGAUUUCCAAGUCCAAUGGGGUCUGCGAGUGGAAGAUUUUCUCCACCAUGCAAAGCAUGUCUACAAAAAGUGCAAUCUCUAAAGACAAGUCCAGCUGCGCCAGAGCCAAAGUGAAGAGCAAAGGUUUCCUCAGGACAUGCUGCUGUACUGGCACAUCAAGGAGCGUCGCUCGGGAGAACCGUAAAGUGCCAACCAUUAAAAUACACACUAUCUCCCUCGGUGAAAACGGGGAGGAUGUCUAA